UUUCUUUAUUACACACAAGUUCUCAAACUCUAUCUCUACUUCUCUACCCCUCGUGCCUUCCUUCACUCAGCUCUCUGCGUCUCCACUUAGCAAAAACCACCUGUUUUCCGCCGGACCCGAAGCAAACACUGGUGUUCCGACUUGUCUCAACGGAACUUCCACUAGGCCCACCACCGGUCCACCGUUCGACAAACUGACGCUCCACCAAGCCUUCCACCGGCCCACGGCAGAUUGCCCGAGAGUCCCGGAAAUGCAAGUCAUGCAACAGUUCUUCCUUGAUUGAAGACACACAACCUCUUGUCAAGCUUGCUUAGACCUAUUCGUUACCUAUGGAUUAACUGUUCAAACAUCUGAAAUUUCCAUAAUUUUUUUGUCUACCAUGUCCAUUAAUGGACUACUUCCUUCCAUUCCACUUCAUAAUGCUCCUUUCCUUAAUUUUCUUCCACGUAAGCUCAAUUUAGCGCCAAAAUUUAAAACCGAGGCUACGACACCUCAAAUUGUGGGUCUUAAAGAUAUACCACACCCUAGAAACCACUCAUUCUCCAGAAUCCGUCUUGCUGAUGAUUUUUCCGAUUCCAAACAUCAAGCUGCAGAAGAUGAGAUUGUUGAAUGUCUCUCUAUACUUAACCAAAUUAACAGGAACAGUGGAAGUACUAGCAGCAGUUCUUCCGCUUGUAAACAAGUUCAUGGACGUCUCGUCAAAGUUGGUGCUCUGAAAGUUCAUGCUACCUUAGGGAAUAUGCUAGUGGUGGCGUAUUCAAAGAAUUUAGAGUUGUUCAAUGAUGCGAUCAAGCUGUUUGAUGAAAUUCCUAAGAGAACUGUAUCUGCACAUGCUGCAUUGAUAAACUCGUUCUGUCGAUCUGAGAAAUGGGAUGAUCUUUUCUCGAUGUUUGGGGUGAUGAUAAAUGAUGGCAUGUUACCUGACAGAUAUCUCAUACCAACCAUCUUAAAAGCUUGUUCUGUGAUGCAAAUGGGAAAAUUUGGUAAAAUGGUUCAUGGGUAUGCCAUAAGAAGGGGACUUGCUGCAGACGUCUUCGUCGGCAAUGCUCUUAUUGAUAUGUAUACAAACUGUUGGGGAUUGAAAUUGUCAGAGAGUGUGUUCGACGCAAUGGCUUCAAGGGACGUGGUUUCGUGGACUGCCCUUAUUGUAGUAUAUAUGGUUCACGGUCUUGUAGACAGGGCAAUAGAUACAUUUUGCAGGAUGGAGCUGGAAGGUGUGGAAGCCGAUUUGAUUUCUUGGAAUGCACUUGUCUCUGGCCUUGCCAUGAAUGGGGAAAUUGAAUUUGCUCUAAAAACUCUAGAAGAGAUGCAAAUAAAAGGGGUGAGGCCACAAGAGAACACUUGGAAUGGAAUAAUCUCAGGCUGCAUUCUGAAUGAAUGUUACGAACAUGCUUUAGAUGCACUUGUUAAGAUGUUUUCGACUUCCUUGACCCCUAAUGUUGUGACAGUUACUAGCAUUUUACCAGCUUGUGCUGGCUUGAAGGAUCUAAAUUUAGGAAAAGCAAUUCAUGGAUAUGCUAUCAAACAUGACAUUCAUUUCGAUUCUCAUGUCGGUGGAUCAUUGAUUGGUAUGUAUUGGAAAUGCGGAAGAAUUGAUGAUGCAGAAAGUAUUUUUGUCAUGAUAAAGCAAAAAACCACUUUCAUAUGCAAUGAGAUGGUUGCAGCUUACAUGAGCGUGGGAAAUGUGGAGCCAGCUCUUAGAAUUAUUGAAUCAAUGAAAGACUCUGGUCCAAAACCUGACGUUAUUACUUGUAACACAAUGCUUGCUGCCUAUUUCAGAGAUGGCAGAAUUGAGGACGUUUAUAAUCUGCUGUAUGAAAUGCCUAAAAUGGGCUUGUUACCAAAUGUUGUCACGUUCAACAUACUAAUAUCUGGUUAUCAGCAAUCUUCCUUGAGUCAUGAAGCUCUGAAACUUUUCCAGGCUAUGCAAUCACCUCAUAGUGGAAGCUUUCUUUCACAAAUAUUGAAAAUUUCAAUUGAACCAAAUCCUGUCACUGUUACUGGUGCCCUUGCAUCUUGUGCUGAUUUAGGUUUAUGGCGCCAUGGAAAGGAACUUCAUGCUUAUAUUGUCAGAAAAGGUCUUGACGCUAAUAUUUUUGUUUCAAGUGCACUGGUUGAUAUGUAUGCAAAAUGCAGUGAUAUGGCCUCAGCAACAGAAGUUUUCUGGAGAACAAAAAACAGGAACACGGUUACCUGGAACACACUGAUAGCAGGUUACAUCAACAGAAGGCAAGAAGAUGAGGCAUUCAUUCUUUUCGAUAAAAUGCUUGAAGAAGGGGUUGAACCAAGCCCUGUUACUUAUAUGAUACUUAUUCCUGGCUGUGGAGAAAUAGGAGCUCUUAGAUUAGGGAGAGAGAUGUAUGGAUACCUUCUGAAGAAUCAGUUUGAUGACUCUGAUAAUUACCUUGCAAGUCCUUUGAUAGACCUGUAUGAUAAAUGUGGUGGGGAGGUCAAACAGGUAUUUGACCCCAAAUUGCAAUCUAAGACCACAUUUAAAAAUGAUAUUUUAAUGAAAUACAUCCACUAUACUUCUUUUGUACCUAUUUUUGGGACCUUUUUAGAACCUUUCUAAGAAAUGUUAGAAGUGCUUAAAGGAAUGGUGUUACAUGUUACAGAAUUAUAACAUCUAUAGUGAAUACAUUAGACUUCUACACAUGUUUGCUCUAACAUUUUGUCUCUUUGUGAAGUAUGAAAGUUGCUGAUGUGAAUGGUUCACAUAGCGUUUUUUGUUUAGGACUGUCCUUAACCACAAGACACUGAUAAGGGGAAUCAGACUGGGACGGUAUCGGUGAUGUAAAAUACAGAUGAGAGAGAGAAGGAUACUCGUUCCAUUAAUGGCUAUGGCAGGGAAAGAAGUGGAGAGGAAAUUGGGAAAAUGAUACCCACUACAACAUAACCUGCGGUGAACCAGCAGUGUAUAAAGUGUCAGUGCUUUGGCAAAGACGGUGUGUCAUUUCAGCAUUUUCUAGGAGCGUUGUAGUGGCUUCCCAGAUAAUUAUAUGCCAGUAGCCAUACCUACUGUAAGCAGAUCAGAAUUUUCAGUUUUUAAUGAUCAUGCAUAAAAGGCCAUAAGUUUGUAUAUAAUGUACAGACCUAAUAUCUCUAAAAUCUACAAUCAAGAGAAAUCUCUUUGCUUCCUCUGGUAAUUCCCUUCAAGAUCAAAGUAAGACAAGGAGUUACUUGCUUUGAUAAUUUUCUGUAAAUUUUAGGAAAGCAAGAGAUUAGCAACUCAAUGUGAAGAACUAAUGUUACUGCUAUCUUGAUUCUGCUUGGCUGACAGGUGAGUUGUCCUUCCUUGAUCUUAUUUGAAAUAGAGUACUCAUAUCGUAUGGUUGAUUUGAGCUGUCCCUUUAUGCAUGCCCUUUGUCCCAAGACAUUUUUUUGUUGUAUAACUGUAGGCUCUGUAGCCAUGGUGUACCAUAUGGUGCUAAAAACCAGUAAAUUUAUUCAGUGAUGAAAGUGUAGUUUUGCAUUAUAUGGGCCAUUCUUUUCAUUAUUGAUAGACUUCAAAACAAUGGGAAAGGCUAUGUUUAGUAUAAUCAACAAUGGUACUUUUUUGUAUUAUUUAUGACCUCAAGCUGUAUUGUUGUAACUUCUAAGAUACUUGCUACUUGCUUGUGCUUUCGUUGAAAAGGUUUCUAUUUAUCGGUGCAGGAAUUAUGACAAGUGUAACUGUAAUGUUCAUGAAAACCUUAGUUUAUUAUUGAUGCUGUUGAUAAUACUUCAUAGAUACAAUUUAUGUACUAUUGGUAAACAACUUCUGGAAGUAUUUACAGAAAUGACUGAAAAGUUUAUUAAGAAAAUCAUGCUUAGUUAGUGCCGUUGAUGACUAUUGAGAUGAAGCAUCAUUGACUUGUGAACAGUUAAUAUCUGAAGUUCUCAUCAUCUUGUUGGCUGAAAUAUCACUUGCAGUGUUUAUAUCCUUUGGCUGCACAAGGAAAGAUUUCAACUUGACACCCGUGUAAAAAGGGCAACGCUGAGAAAUCAUUGUUGGUAAAAUUAGGGCAAGACGCUUUAUGCUUGCGUAGUAGAUUUUUCGUUAGAAGGGAAACCUUCUUAAGAAGGUUUCAUUGGAAGGGAAAUAUCUUUGUAUUGCUGUUAUGAACGGCAUUGCUUGCUUGCAAGCAAUCUAUGGAACAUGUUUUUAUACCUGCUACCCUGUAUAUCAUAGAUACAAUUAUAGCUCUUUUCUGUAAUUUCUGCUUGCUGUUUCA